AUGAGGGAGAACAAAUUUCAUGGAGUCAUAGGGAAACCUGAAUACACUAAGGGUGAGUUUCCAAGGCUACAAAUUAUUGAUGUGUCUCACAAUUAUUUCACAGGAGCAUUGCCUUCUCAAUAUAUGCUCUUAUGGGAUGCUAUGAAAGCUUUUAAAAAGGUGAGCAAUUUGAAAUACAUGAACGUAUGGGAAAAUGUCACCUUUAACGCACUUGGUAUUGUUAGUGGAGCCACUUUGUAUAAUUAUUCAACAACAUUUGUGAUGAAAAGUGUGGCAACAAGCUAUGGGAAAAUCCCAGCAAAUCUAGCAGUCAUUGACCUAUCGAGCAACAAUUUCAGUGGUCAGAUUCCUGAGUCCAUUGGAAGCCUCAAGGCUCUCUACUCACUCAACCUUUCAAACAAUGCGCUCACAGGUCACAUUCCACCAUCGUUGGGGACAUUAACAGAACUGGAAUCAUUAGACCUUUCUCAAAACCAACUGUCGGGAAAGAUUCCUCAGCAACUAGCAGAGCUAAUAUUCCUCCAAAAGUUUGAUGUCUCUUAUAACAAUCUCACAAGUCCUAUACCACAGCAGAACCAGUUCCACACGUUCGAGAAUACCUCAUUUGAGGGUAAUCAAGGACUGUGUGGAGAUCCAUUGUCGAAGAAAUGUGAGAACUGGCUGCUCCCACCAUCAUCUGCUUUAAAUAAAGAUGCUGAUUCUAAUUUUGCCAUUGAACUAGACUGAAAAUUCACUUUGGCUGGACUUGUUAGCGGGCUUGUUAUUGGAGUCUCUCUUGGGGAGAUGGUGAUCCCAAGGACGCGGUUGGCGUGGUUGAUUUACUUCUCUAGAACAAGAUUGGCGGAGCUGAUGAUCAGAAACUAAUUAAGUGUGUAUGUAUCCACAAUAGCUGUUGUUCCUAUAUUAUUUCUUCUGCUAUAUAAGUACUACUGUACAACUAAUAAACAUAUUGGUGUGUUUUUCUUUUGUAUAAAUUAAAUUAUGUCCUUCUUUCUAUACCCAACUUUUUGAAUGUAACAUAUAUCAUUGUACAAAAACCACAUUUUCUUUUUCCAAA